AGCCGCAAUCUGACAGGUGUUGUGUGAGUCGACAACCCUGAGAGCUCACAUGGGUAUGCGCUAUUCGUAGAGAUAUAUCUGACGUCCAUGGAAGUCUAGACCUUAACAGGCCUCGCUGAAUGCUCACCGCGAUAUGCCUUUCUUUUUUUUAGAGUUUACAUUGGCGAGCUGGGCCGCGCCCUCCCCUACGUCGUCCAGAUCGCGACUCGUAGGAACUUCCAACCUUUCCAAUUUUACGGCUGAUGAUGUGACAAGUAAAGAAGGCCAUGCCAUAGACACAAGCUGCGAUGUCGAAGGAGUUGGGCAUGUGUGGAAGAAACGUUGGUACGUGCUUUACGCGUGUGGAGAAGGGACCCCUGUUCCACAGGGCCCACUCCGCAACUUCCAUGUUUCGUGGUCAACAUCAACAUCAACAUCCCGAGACUUCCAGCUGACACGUUCAAUAACGCUGCAAACAUGACAAAUUUCGACAUCCUGCUGCUGAAGGGCGGUACGAACGGCAUGACAGAAGAAAACCUCGCCGAACUGCGCUACACAAUCCUGACAAAGGGCAUUCCCGCCAACAGUGAGGGCAUGGUAAGAUCCCG